AUGGGAUCUAUUAACAUGUCAUAUCUGAACCCAAAGACAGUGACCCUGGUUGGAAUCCCUGGACUAGAACAUAUGCAGUUUUGGAUUGGAUUUCCCUUCCUUGGAGUGUGCCUGGUGGCUCUGAUGGGGAAUAUCUUCUUGUUAAUCAUCAUCCCUACAGAACGCAGUCUUCACCAACCUAUGUACAUCUUACUGGCAGUGCUGGCAGCCACGGAUCUAGGUCUUUGUGUAGCCAUUGCUCCAAAGACGUUGGCCAUCUUCUGGUUUGGCUUUAGCUCCAUGGCUUUUGAUGCUUGCCUCACCCAGCUUUUCUUCAUCCACGCCUUGCAAGGCAUGGAAUCUGGCGUCCUAUUGGCCAUGGCCUUUGACCGCUAUGUUGCCAUCUGUAAUCCUUUGAGGCACAGAUCCAUCCUCACACCUCUCUUCCUAGUUCGGAUCAUAGUGAUAGUGGCUAUCCGGGCAACAGUACUUGUUGGGAUUUUAUCCAUUUUACUUAAACAACUGCAGCUUUUCCAAUCUGUGGUUAUUGUCCAUUCCUACUGUGAGCACAUGGCUGUGGUCAAGCUAGCUGCAGAAGAUGUCCAUAUUAACCAAUCAUAUGGGCUCUUUGUGGCAUUUGCAAUUCUAGGUUUUGACAUGAUCUUUGUCUUUAUCUCCUAUAUUCUGAUUGUUCAGGCUGUUUUUCAACUUCCCCAGAAGGAGGCACGACUCAAAGCAUUCAACACUUGUACUGCCCAUAUUUUCGUCUUCUUGGAGUUUUACAUCCUUGCCUUUUUUUCCUUCUUUAGCCACCGUUUUGGACAUGUAUCACCCUAUGCCCAUAUCCUCCUGUCUACCAUCUAUCUGCUUGUGCCUCCUGCACUUAAUCCCAUUGUCUAUGGUGUGAAGACCAAGGAGAUUCGCAGGCAGGUUGAUCAGAUUUGUAUUCUGAAGCCAGACACCUAA